GCCCACCUUCUAGCACUAGCAGGCGCUCGCGCUGCUGAAACACAGGUGAAGCUUUAUGCUAUGUGCUGUCUCUCUCUCGCUAUAUAGAUAUCGAGAUAUAUAUAUCUAUAUCACACCAUAAUAGCUCAGAUUUCCACAUAAUGAGCGACACGGAGAAGAAUUUCACCGAGCGGGUGAGAGAAGAAGAGAAGUCAGAAGAUGAAGUCAGAUGACAUUUAUAAUGACCGUUUAAAAAACAAAACAAAAGCAGAGUUGCUUGCUAAUGCUAAUGGUGAUGUGUGAAGCUCCCGUGAUGAUGUGUAGCAUUUAUGGGCAGAGGGACAGGAUGAGGGGAAGAAGGAAGCAGUUGAAGGCAGACACACAUGAAGUGGAAGAAAGAAGAACAGAGGGGGUUGAAGUAAUGACGUUAACGUGAAGUUGUCCACUCUCAGUAAAUAUGAUUGUAUGUGUCUGUCCUUCACGUGCAUGCUCUCUACACACAUACACGUACUGAUCAUCAGCAGGCAUGUGCCCAUCAUCUACACACUACUGCACCACCACCAUGAUCCCUUCAGGAAGUAGGCUGCUCAGGUAGGAGUUAGCUUCCUCUACUCGCUAGGCUUUGACCAUGUUGGAGUCCCUUUCCAUGAAUGGACAGAUUGUGUAACAGGUGGAGUUGAUAAACUGGUGUUGGGAGGUGGAUGUUUACAUUUAACAUACAGCUGAGUCAGGAUACCAUUGAGCAGUCCAGGGUCAGGAACCCAAAAGCUUAGGUGUGGUGUAAAUAUGAACUCAAAACCUUCUGAUGGGAUUUGAUGCAACACCUUCAGGGGAGACUGCGGCCUGAACUUAGCUGUAGAUCAUGCUUUACUGUUAUCAUCAGCAUGCUGUUAAUAAUGAGCACAUAGUAACCCAUUUUAUUCAGAACCAGAGGGGGUAUUUAGGUUUGGUUCUCUAAGGUUCCUCACUUUAGGCAUCCAGUCCCAUGAUCCUGCUCCCCAGACAACAGUGUGAGUAAUGAUGGUGGACAGAACUCUCCAGCGCAGCAGGAAUACACAUUUACAUCUGAUCCUGUAGCUUGUACAUCAACACAUGCCUUACGUAAACAACAUGGUCACAGUGAAGACUGAUUUCAGAGCCACAUUGAUACCUAUUAGGUUUCAUCCUACACACCUGUAUGUACAACUAACUGUGUGUGUGUGUGUGUGUGUGUGUGUGAUUGGUUUAGGAGUCUCGCUCGGAGUCGAGGAGUGUGAGUCCACGAGGUUCACACAAAUCCCUGGCACACUCGCCCGCUCGCUCCAAACGUGACUCGCGCUCCAAAUCACACUCCCGGUCGUGCUCCAAAUCAGAACGUUUUAAACGACUUGGAACAUGGCACCUUUUGUGUUCCCAUGACUGGAAUUGAGAACAUGCAGCUUCCAGGUAAUUUUAUUUCUUCUGGAUUUUACCCUGUGAGCCUUUCCCCUGGUUCCCUGUACCUCGCUCCGUUUGUGGAGUUCAGGGCUGUUAUCAGACUGAACGGCACUACCUGCCUGAUCCCUGAGGUCUCGUACUUCAUCUCUCUCUACAGCUCUCGUUCUCAUCGCAGUUCUCGGAGGCGCUACAGUCACUCGCGCUCUUGCUCUCGGCGCCGUCGCUCACGCAGCCGCUGCUACAGCAGGGAUUCGCGGCGCCGUCGCUCUCGCAGCUCCUCACACUCCCCCAUGAGCAACCGCCGGCGACAUGUAGGCAACAGGGCGAACCCUGAUCCAAACACGUGUUUAGGAGUGUUUGGGUUGAGUUUGUACACCACAGAGCGAGAUCUGCGGGAGGUCUUCUCAAAGUACGGCCCUCUUACGGACGUGUGCAUCGUCUACGAUCAGCAGUCGCACCGCUCGCGAGGGUUCGCCUUUGUUUACUUUGAGAACAAAGAGGACUCGCAGGAGGCUAAAGAGAGGGCAAACGGGAUGGAGCUGGAUGGCCGCAGGAUCCGAGUGGACUUCUCCAUCACCAAGAGACCACACACCCCUACUCCGGGGAUCUACAUGGGCCGACCCACAUAUGGAGGUGGAGGUCACAGUCUGAGUCGGCGUCAUGAUUAUUACGAUCGAGGCUAUGAUCGCUAUGACGACCGUGAUUACUACAGCAGAUCGUACAGGAGGAGGUCUCCGUCUCCGUACUACAGCCGUGGUGGAUAUCGCUCACGCUCUCGCUCCUACUCCCCCCGUCACUACUAAUCCCCGUCCCGUCUGUGAUGAUGAGGAUGAUGUGUUUCAUGGAGCUGAGAGUGUGGAGUUCAGACGGCUGCAGCCGUGCUGUCUUUGUGUGUGUGUGUGUUCUGUUAUAGUGAUGAAGCUCCGUGUGUGUGUGUGUGUGUGUGUGUGUGUGUGUGUGUGUGUGUGUGUGUGUUAAAGCUGAUGGUUUUCUCCUAAUAAAUCAGUUUAUGCCACACCACUGGGUCUGUUCCUCACUGU